AAUAAGCAUAAUUCGAGUUGAAUAAUUGUAAUACACCUAACAUAUGCCGAGGUCAUAACAGAACAUGGCUGGUACAUGUGAUCACCAUAACAUUAUUCUACUACAAAAUUGGAUCAAAUACACAAAAUAUCAUAAAAAUAAAAGUAAAAAACUUAAGUUGGUGAAGGCAAGUGUGAAAAACAAGUCACAUAAACUAUUUGAGAUUCAUGAGGGAAAAAGGAAAACUUAAUCAAAAGAAACUUGAUCAGAUUCCUUGAGUGGGAUUUUCCUUUUGACUCUUUUCUUUUGAAAAUACUAUUUUAGUUUCACUUUAGUUUUGUUUGUCUUGAUCUUCAUUGCAAAUUAUUCUCUUUUUCUAAAAAAAAUUUAAUUGACGGUGAGUGUCCAUCGCCCAUACUCCCAUUACAGGAUUUCAAAAGCGAGACUACUCUCAUCAGAUACACGCAAUCACUCAUUUUAGUUUCUUUGUGUAUUCUUGGAGCAAUAUAUCUAUGUGUCCGAAUCAAAUUCUCUCAUUUCUCUACCUCUUUGCCUCUGCAAAUAAAAACCCAUAACAAUGGACAGGAAAAACAAUCUACGUAGUUCCUUCUUGGGUUUGAUGUUGAAAAUGUCCGGCAGCAGCGGUGGCCAGCCGGCAGCAACAGCGAGUGCGGUGCCAACAUUGCCGAAGCCAAAUCCUAUGAGUUAUCAUGGUGAACAUCAAAAAAAGAGGGCUGUUCUUUGUGGAGUGAGUUACCAGAAGAAGAAACACAAGCUCAAGGGGACAAUCAAUGAUGUAAAAAGGAUGAAGUCUCUUUUGGUUGAUCAUUUUCAAUUUCCUGAAAAUGCUAUUUGUGUUCUUACAGAAGAGGAGAAUGACCCAGAGCUGAGUCCAACAAAGAAGAACAUACAAAACGCACUUGAAUGGCUAGUGCAGGACAACAUGGGUGGGGACUCCUUGGUCUUUUACUUCUCAGGACAUGGCUUGAGACAGCCAGACUUUGCUGGGGACGAGAGUGAUGAGUUUGAUGAGACUAUCUGUCCUUCUGAUUUUGCCACUGCUGGGAUGAUUCUAGACAAUUACAUCAACUCCACCAUUGUCAAGCCACUCAAGCAUGGUGUCAAGCUUCAUGCCAUUAUUGAUGCUUGUCAUAGUGGAACCAUUCUUGAUCUACCCCAUGUUUACAAACCCAAAUCCAAACAGUGGGGAGGCAACAAAUCUUCAUCAGGUGGUUGUGAAAGUACAAAUGAUGCACUGGCCAUCUGUCUUAGUGCCUGUGCUGACAAUCAACUGGCUACUGAUACUAAUGCAUUCACAGGAAAGGAAAUGAGCGGGGCGAUGACAUACAAUUUUGUGAAUGCAAUUAAGGCAAAGAAGCGAAUAACCUAUGGUGAACUACUCGAUGAGAUGCAUAACAAUAUUACUAAGCAUGUUAACACAACAGGAUGCCUCAACCUCAAUGUUCUAUGGAAUGUGUUCCGCAACAAGCCAAUACAGGAACCUCAGAUGUCAUCUUCAAAAAUCUUUAAUGUUGAUGAAGUGGAAUUGAACCUGUAGAGAUGAUGUAACUGGAAAGUACUCUCCUAAAUAAAUUUUUUUAAAAAAAAAA